UCACUGUUGCUAAGAGGCAGUCGUGCCCUAAUCACUUUCAGUGAGAAAAAGCCCGUUCCACAGUACACUGCACACAUUAGUUUGCCAGUCUUUUUCCAUUAAUAUAUCUUGAAAUUUAACGCGAUUGUUUGAAAAAUGUUAGAAGGCUUUUUUAUUCAAUUUGACCUGAUCUACCUGCACACGUGCGUUGGCGUAUUUUGCGUUAGACAUCCCGUAUAACCUCAAAUGUGAUAGCGACUCGUCAUUAUUACUAAAAGAAACGCUAGUGUAUGUACAUACAUACUUUGCAUCCGAACGGAAAGUCGAGCUAGAAAGAAAAAGAAGAAAUGAACCUGUUAACGAACAUGGAAGUUGACGAUCAGGGAAAAAAUGAUGAUUAUUACUUGGAGUUGUCCACCGAUCCCAUCAGGUUUGAAUCAGUCAGCAGCCUCACGAAUGUAUUUUUCGAUGAUUCCAAGCAACAAGUGUUUGCUGUUCGCUCAGGAGGUGUUACAGGAGUACUCGUUAAGGGCCCAGACCAGAACAUAAGUUUCCGAAUGGAAGAUAAGGGCCCAGUAAUUUCUAUUAAAUUUUCCACUGAUAUGAAUGUACUUGCAAUUCAACGCACCAACACUUCAGUGGAGUUUGUUAAUUAUUCCCCUACCACUGGCCUGGAUAACAUCGAAUAUUCUCAGUCUUGCAAAGGAAAGAAUGCUACGAUAUUGGGUUUUGUUUGGACACAUGGCACCGAGAUAUUAGUGGUUACAGAUCAUGGAGUAGAAUUGUUUCAUGUUAAUCCAGAAAAACGUAGUAUUAGGGCAGUGAAGUGUUUAAGUUUAGGUGUAAAUUGGUUUGUAUUCUGUCCUAAAAGUUAUCUGGUAUUAUUGUCAUCUGGCACGGUUGGCAAUCAAAUACAGGCAUUGCAUGUUACACCUGGCAAUCUUCACAAAUUGACCAAGUUUGAAAUUGAACAUAGUAUAACAAAACCAGGAAAACUGGCUAUCUCUGAAAGAGAUGUAGCUUUGGCUGUGUUAUAUGGGACACCUUGUAUAAUCCUAUUACGGCAUCAGCCAGGAGCUAAUCGCGCAAUGGGAACAGCAUUUGUAUAUGUCUACACUGUGCACAAAAUGAUGACCAUUAAAAAGAGUCAUAUGUUAAAACUGGAUGUUAGUGGCAGAUUUGCUAUAAACGUUGUCGACAAUCUUAUUAUUGUUCAUCAUCAAGCAUCAAAGACAUCCAUGAUAUUUGACAUCAUGUUGUCUGGCGUAAGUGAUGGCACGGUAAUGCAUCAUACCAGCGUGGCUACGGCAAAACCAAUUAAACCGUACAAUCUUAAGGUGCCAGGAGCAACAUUAUCUGAUCAGAUGUAUCAACCAUGUCAGUUAUAUUCUCCCAAUUGGGUUGUUUUUCAACCAAAUAUAAUCAUUGACGUCAAGCUGGGUUGUUUAUGGUACAUCGAACUUAGGUUGGAUGCUUUGGUGAAACUGAUUACAGAUAAAGUACUGCUAAUAGAAUUUUUAAUGCAACGCGCGAACGCUAAACAGAUAUUGAUACAAGUUCUGCAGGGCUUCAUGACGCAGUUACCUGUAAGCUUGAUGGAGAUGCCGGCCAUAUUUGAUAAGCUUAAUUCCGUGUACAGAAAUUAUCUAGAAAGUGAGAUACAAAACCAGAUGGGGACGCCGUUGCAGAAUAAUGUAAAAAAUGUAACAUCAGUAGCCGAAAACUUUAAGUAUAAACUGUUACUCGAUCAGAGCGACAUGUAUAGUCACAUAUUAUCUAAGUUUCCCGAAGAUGCGAUAGAGCCAAAGAUGAUAAUAUGGGUUCUGCUCGAAUAUAUCAGAUCGUUAGCUGAACACGGAAUACCCGUGCAACAUUACUUGCACGAAUUGGUCAUCACGACGCUAGUACAUCGGAAGGCGUAUUACCAGCUGCACCAGUUACUGCAAUACCAUGUAGUCUCUGACUCAAAGCCUCUGGCCUGCCUGCUGCUUUCCUUGGAGAACCUGUAUCCGGCAGCGCACCAGUUGGCCUUGGACAUGCUGAAAAGACUCGGCAAUGCACACGAGGAGAUAAUCGAAGUGCUCUUGUCGAAAGGACACAUCUUGGCCGCGUUGAGAUACGUUCGAUCGGUCGGGAUGGUGGACCAAGUGUCCGCGAGAAAGUUCCUAGAAGCGGCGAAAGCCAUCGACGACGCGACGCUCUUUCAUUCGGUCUUCAAGUUCUUCGAACAGCGGAACCUGAGACUGCACAACACCACAGCCUUCACGAGGGGUGAGCACUGUCAGCCGUAUGUGCAGCACUUUAGGUACCUCUUCCAAGGCACCGACAACGAAUGCAAUUCGGACACGAACUCUAAUGUUACCACUAUCUCUUCGUAAGACUGUGCAAUGUCGGUUUCCGUCAACGCGGCACCGAUAGAUAGUUAUGAUUUAUAUUUGAAUAAAACUGUGACGUAGCUCGUGCGCCAGAGCUGCCUCGGUAUAUUUGCGAAUUUCUCUAUGAUACUUUCCAGAUAGUAAGGUGACGUCUAAAGACGUCAUUAAGACAUCAUUACGAUCUGUGAGAUUCGACGGUUGCUUAUAAAUGACUCAAUUACAAAUUUCUUUUUUUACUAGCUCGGCACAAAAAAUCGUAUCUGUCAAAUAAAAUAGAGGAGGAAAUUAUCCAAUUUUGAAGGAUUCAUUUUUAUCAUUUUUAUGGAUAAAGUGUGAGCAACGUUGACUCGGUAUUUGUUAAACAACAAAGAGACUUCUUAUUUUUCUUUUCAUAUUCAAACUUCUUACGAGAAUUUAAUAGAAAUGACCAACUUUUUGCAUAAGCCUAAUAAUGUUAUUUACACAAAUGUCUGUUAUGAAGUGAAAAAAUUUGGUUUUCUUUAUAUAUUGUAUAUUUCAAUAAUUUUUCAAAUUAUUUUAACUUUUUUAACUUAAUGACGUCUUUAAACGUCACCUUGCUACCUGGAUCUUGUAUAGAUAUAUUAUACCGUACAAAUUAUUUAUUACGGAGAAGAAGGAAGUCGUGAAUAACACGCGUAUUAUUUACUCGUCAGAGUGUGUGUUUUUCCUUUCCAAUCCCCUCACUCUUACAAAACCCACGUUGCAGGGUUCCCUUUAUUGCGCAAAUUAUACAUUCAAGACUUACAAAGUAAGGUUCUCGUCGAUUCUUUAAUUACGAGAGACUUAUACAUACGUAGCGCAAUGCAAUUUAAACGCAUCUCACUUACGAAGUACUUUAAAUUAACAUUCGUUUUCCUUUUUAUGUAUAUUUCGAGACAAUAUUGUACAAUAGAAGUUUCCUUUAUAUAAUAAAAAAAAUUAAUAAUC